AGGUCAUCUUCUUCUUCACCAGAUUACUGUAAAUUGAGAAAUUUUCAGAAAUGAGAAAGCAAGUGUUAACGUUGACGGAAGCUGCGGCUUCCAGAGUAAGGCAGCUGUUGGAACAGCGUCAGCGUUCUUUCCUGAAGCUUGGUGUCAAAUCUCGCGGCUGUAACGGGUUGUCUUAUACACUCAAUUAUGCAGACGAUAAAGGAAAAUUUGACGAGUUGAUUGAGGACAAGGGAGUGAAGAUACUGAUCGAUCCAAAGGCACUUAUGCAUGUUAUAGGUACCGAGAUGGAUUUUGUUGAUGAUAAACUCAGAUCUGAGUUCAUAUUUGUCAAUCCAAAUGCAACUGGACAAUGUGGUUGUGGAGAAUCUUUCAUGACAACAACUAGCUCAGAAGCUGCUAAGUUGCGCGGCAAGUCUAGCUGAUAUCUUAUUAUGUACUCAUAUUAUGUACGUUAGUCGUUAUAUAUACACACUUACAAGUGUGAGUAUAUACUAUAUAGUCGAUCUGUAGUAACAAAUCAACGAUGUUAGCAGUCAGAAACAGAAGGUUUUGUUAUUUUUUUCUCCUUUUUGCACAAAUCUUAUGUACAUCAACUGUUGUAAAGAAUAAGAUUUUCUUUGCCAUGGAAAGGUGAAAGUAGAAAAAUGAAAAUCGAACUAUAUAUAUA